AUGCGCUUACUCAUCUUGCCAGCCCCAGGCUGGCCCUUUGAGAAGUACUACGAACUGCUUCUCUUACUGCCGGCUCUGAUUCUCAUAUGCUAUUUUAUUUACUGGUGUUUCUGGUACCGAAGAAGAGCUAACGCACCACCAGGUGAGCUUAUGGUAAUGGCUCCUGUUGUGGUUUCUCCAUACCAAGGACCUGCUCCUCCACCGAUAUACGCCUACAGCUACAGCAAUCCACCUCCUCCUGUAAGAACUCCGUCGAAAUCAGACGAGGAGUCUCUAAGAAGGGACGACGGUGUGAGAAAAUCGACUCAUUCAUCUCACUCUGGCCUUUCCCGCUCCAGAGAGUUAGUAGAGCCGAAUGAAAUCAAUGAGAAGAAGCCGGUGAAUUGCCAGCCUCCAGUAGCUGCCAUCAUUGUUUGA